UGGCGCUAAACCUGUUACGUAACGCGUCGUUCCUCGCUAGCUACGUUCGGAAUGUCCUCUUCUCGCUUCGUUAGCCAGAGAGCUAUUUGGUUAGCUAGAUAUUUUGUUAGCUUAUAUAUUGGACACCUUGUACGGGAUAUAUGGACGUGAUGGAUUGAUAUAACAGGCAAAAACAAUCUGGCAGUAGCAUCAACAUCUUUUUAAGUGCAACUAUGUUCGGUCGGUCACGGAGUUGGGGGGAGGGCAGGGGAAACAAAAAUAUUCAUUCCCUGGACCAUCUCAAGUAUAUGUACCAUGUCCUAACUAGGAACACGACAGUAACAGACAGCAACAGGAACUUGCUGGUGGAGACCAUCCGCUCCAUCACUGAGAUACUCAUCUGGGGAGACCAGAACGACAGCUCCGUCUUCGACUUCUUCCUGGAGAAGAAUAUGUUUGCGUUCUUCCUGAAUAUCCUCCGUCAGAAGUCCGGUCGUUACGUCUGUGUCCAGCUGCUCCAGACACUCAACAUCCUGUUUGAAAAUAUCAGCCACGAGACGUCGCUCUAUUACCUGCUGUCCAACAACCACGUCAACUCCAUCAUCGUUCACAAGUUUGACUUCUCAGACGAGGAGAUCAUGGCCUACUAUAUCUCCUUCCUGAAGACCCUGUCACUCAAACUGAACAAUCACACCGUACACUUCUUCUAUAACGAGCACACUAAUGAUUUUGCCCUGUACACCGAGGCCAUUAAGUUCUUCAACCACCCAGAGAGCAUGGUCCGUAUCGCAGUCAGAACCAUCACACUGAACGUCUACAAGGUCUCAUUGGACAACCAGCACAUGCUGCACUACAUUCGAGACAAGACAGCGGUCCCCUACUUCAGUAACCUGGUCUGGUUCAUCGGCUCCCACGUCAUCGAGCUGGACAAGUGUGUUCAGACGGACCAAGAGCAUCGUAACAGGGGGAAGCUGAGUGACUUGGUAGCAGAGCAUCUGGAUCAUCUCCACUACCUGAACGAUAUCCUGACUAUCAACUGCGAGUUCCUCAACGACGUCCUGACAGACCACCUCCUCAACCGUCUCUUCCUGCCUCUCUACGUCUUCUCUCUGGUCUGCCCUGAACAGUCUGAAGAUCGUAAGAUCAACCCUCAGGUGUCCCUUAACCUACUGUCACAGGUGUUUCUCAUCAUCCACUACCAGCCGCUGGUCAACUCUCUGGCUGAAGUCAUCUUCAAUGGAGACCUGUCUGUCUUCACACAACACAAGAACACGGUCAGUGCAGGCGUCCGUCGCUUCACCAAGCCUCCUGAGUCUCUGGAGCGGUCUCUGGAGCUGUCCUGCAAUCGGGGGCGCAAGCGAGCCCAGAAACGCCCCAACUAUAAGAACCUGGGAGAAGAGGAGGAAGAGGAGAGGCCGGGAGGAGGAGAGGAGGGCUUGGAGGACAGCGAGAGGGAGAGGGAGAAGGCUAAAGGUACAGAAGGGAGCAGUAAGGGAAGCAGCAGGACAAGUGGGGAGAUGGAAGAGAUAGAGAUGGUGGUGAUGGACAAAGGGAAGGUGUUGGAGACGACGCUGACGGAACAGAAUAUCACUGACGAAGAGAAGACUGCUGCCGCUGCACGCACACAGAGGAAGAGACCGUUCCUAGACAUGGUGUACAGUGCUCUAGAUUGUAGUGAAGAUGAUUACCAUGCUCUGUUUGUUCUCUGUCUGCUGUACGCUGUUUCACACAGUAAAG